AUGCACUUCCAUCACAAAGACCAGGAGCAGGAAGACUGGGUCAUACAGCCUGCAGCCCCUAGCAUGAUUCAGGACCAUAGGGAGUCUUCACGCCGCCCUCAGACUCUGGACGCCGGUCGCGGGCAAAUCCCUCAGUACGACCCCUCAACCUUCUCACCGUAUGAGGCGAGUUUGAGGAACGCACGCUCCGGCGUGAUACCGGUAAAGAAGGAUGUUCUAUGUGGCCCAUUGCUGGAUUAUCGAUACAUGGAGGGCGAUCGCUGGAUGGGGAGCGUGUUGAUAGUCCCCGAGGAGACAGCGAGCGACUACACCCCACAGAUUGAUCCUUUUAUCCAUGUUCCAGGAACCUUGCUGUACUCAGACAUGAGCAAAAGCUUCUGGAGGUUUGACAUCGAGUUGAGAAUGGGAGAUACUGACUGCUACUGGGAGUACACCGUCGCCAAUGUGUAUUUCCUGCACCGGGAGAGAGGUUUGACUCACUCGAUUGGUGGUGGCAACCAGAUCUAUAACGCCGGAAUCUACACUUCAGGCCCUCUCAAGGAAUGGACCGAGAUGCCGGAUCACAAGGACAAACUGAAGCAUCAGUGCAAUGAGAAGCUCCGCUUCGAAUGUGAUACUUGGUACUCGGAGAACUAUACUCGCUGGUAUAAUACAGAGCCUUUCGCAUCAGCUCUGUGUCAGAUUCCCUCGUUGAAUAUAUGGGACGACCAUGAUAUUAUCGAUGGCUACGGCUCUUAUGCGAAAGCGACCAUGGAGUGUUCUGGCUGGCUGCCACACACCUUGCGCAGGCCAUAUCUAAUUACUCUCUCGACUGUCCUGCUAUUGAUUGCCAUUGCCGUUGAGAUCCUCCGUCAAUAUUCAACUCGCCACAAUGGCAUCGUUCAAUACAAACAGAGGGAAGACCUUUCUUCGUCCAAGUGGCGGGCUUGGGCAGACACCCCCACCAUUGUCGGCCUGGUCGCCGUAGUCCUCUGGGAAGUCUUUGCUCACGACCUUCUGCGCUUGGAACCGUACUUUCAGCUGGCUGAUCCCAAAGGUGCCCCCGCCAGUGCUCUCUUUACCAAUUACAGCUUCGAUCCUGGGAUUCUUGCCGUAAUUCGCGCCGCUCGAAACCGACAUUGGAUUGUGCUAUGUGUCUCUCUGAUGUCUUUGGCAAUACACCUCCUGGUGGCCUCAUUGCUCUCGGGUCUCUUUGUCCUGACAUCUUUUGAUGUGAUGGAGACCACAACUCUAGAUAGCUGGCCACACCUGGUUGGUCUGGAAACCCAGGACAAUUGGUUCGCACUGGAAGCCGCCCACGAGACCUGUUCACAGAGCUCUCGGGGCAACGAUCCCGCACUAGACAAUACCGUGGCAUAUGCCGUGGCUCCAGUAUCACUUCAACCGGAUUAUAAUGCGGACUUUUUCACCCUAAGCAUGAAUCUGUCCGUGUAUUGGUCCGACACAACCACAACGUGCGUCAAUGCGACUGUGAUUGGAGCAGUACCGGAUACAGUGAAUCUUUCUACAGCCGGGGAUUCGAUGAAUGAUCAUGGUCUGGUGUGGAACUUUUCGAACGUUACGCUACCAGGCAUGUCGACAGCCACUCCCUGUGAGAUCAGUAUCGCACUCAACACCUCUGCUCCGCUCGGGGACGGGAGAUUUCAAGCACGCUACUGGGAACCCGUUCAGUCCGACCUUGCAGCUGUGUCUCGACCGGCCUUCAACGUCACCGGCUGUCCCUCCACCGGCCUGCUCGGUAUGAUCAUUGACAUGGACAGCACAGUGCGGACACCGUUGAGCUCGAAUGUCACAUUCUUUGCGUGCCAGUCACUCUAUAAGCAGGCGAUCGCUGAUGUCUCUUAUACGGGUACCUCUUACCCCACUACUGUCCAACCAAUACUCUCCAGCAUAACAGACUUGAGUGAGACGGAUUUCAGUGUGCAGGGGUUCCAGAGCCUGAUGUUCUCGGAGCAUACCCGCACAAGCGACUCAUGGAACGAAAGCAUCAGUGUUGUUGGAGAUACGGAGGCCUUGAAUCCGACUCAAUAUCUGGAGGCAAUAGGCCGUACAUGGAACAGCGGAUUCAAAAACGCCAGUGAUAGACUCUUCGACCAACAGGCAGAGGCCGUGCGAAUCGAUGCUAUCCUUUCGACGUACUCAGUGGCCAUCGCGGUGGUACCUCGCGUGGCUGCCCUUGUCGAAGCCAUUAUGUUUUCAAGCUUUGCCCUAGUUCUUGCUCUGAGUUUCAUAUACCCACGUCGGCUUAACCUCCUUGAUCGGGAUCCCAGCUCUAUAGCCGCGCAAUGCAAUUGGAUUGCCCGCCUGAUUGAUCCCGACACGCUCUGUGUCUUGUCCCAACCGACCUAUCAUGUCGCACGGACCCGACAACUUCGCAAAUGGGCCAAGGGGCUCUGGUGUAGGUGGACCGUAGGGUCCGACAGUCGACGCCUUGAACUAUCUCUCAUGGAUGGGUCUCCUGCCAAGAUGGGUCCGCCGCCAGCUGCAUCCAAACGCGGCGAUCCAAUGCCGCACUUCCUAACUCUUCCAUGGUUUGUGACGGAGUGCGUUCUUCUUAUGGGCGCUGUCACCGCAACCGGCUUAACAUAUUCAUGGAUUCGAGUCCGCGUGUUGGACACCAUGAACUCCACCGAAUUCAUGUUCGCAGCGGCUUUCUUAGUCUAUGGCCCGACCAUGCUUGCGUCAGUUGUACGCUCGCUCAUCAACUCCCUGCAUCGCCAUCUAAGCGUCGCCGAAUCCUGGAUUCGACUACGGCAAGGAAUGAUGCCCUCAAGGGCGUUAUCCGCGCCAGCGUACGGUCCUCUCAAGACCCUCUUUGUGUUGCGGCGAUCGGGGCCACGGCCCUCCCUCUCUACGUUCGGCCUGUCAUUAGUCUGCGUGCUCAAUCUGAUUCUUGUCGUUGUUACUGGGGGUCUAUUCGAACCGCAGAUCAAUUCUUAUCUCGCUUCCUCCAGUCUCACCACCUCAUACAUCGAGUCAAGCUUUGUCGGCCAGGCUCUGCCCCCGGACUUUCACAGUUUCGACCGCAGUGUAUACCUCCUGUCCAUGAAUCACUCGCGCCUACCGUGGACCACGAAAGAUCUCUCAUUCCAGCCGUUUGUAAUGGACAUGGAUGAGAGUGCCGUCGGCGUGGUUUUCAAUGCUGCAAUCCGCGGAAUUGGUACCUCUCUGUCAUGCGAAGAAGUGCCGUUGAACUAUGAGACUAUCGACGAUGACACUAGGACGGUGAACUGGACCUACCCCCUUUUGUCGGAUACUCAGACCACUCAAUGCAACGUCCAGCUCCCUCUUGUUGCUAACGACACCACGCGACCAGCGAUCCAGUAUACGUGGCCCAACAACUCCGACUGCCAGAGAGGAGGGUUCUUCGUCUCCGCUACCAGUCUACCCAACGACAACCAUACGACGACAGCGCUGCACUGUACUUCUCAGCUCCACACCCAAUUCUUUGAGGUUCAAGUCGACCCCAGUGGCCAUAUUCUGCAACACUCCGCUGUCCCUCAUACGGUCCCGCUCACCACCGGGUUCUUCUAUGCCAACCUCACCGCCGCUCUUGGCCUCUUCAAUCAGAAUCUCGGCUCUUUUGUCCACAAUAUCUCAACCCAGCCGCUCCCGUACUACCUCUCCUCCUUCCCCAACCAUCAGACCACCCAGCUCUACCAAACCACGCAACAAACAGACGCCACUAACACCACCCAAGCCCUCAUUUCCGCCGUUCAAACCUUAUACCAAUCCACCUUUGCAACCUAUCUCACCGUAAACCGGGACCUCAUCUUCCCCCGCGGCCCGAUGGUGGAAAUCCCGGGAGUGGCCACCUACACCUUCUGGGGCUUCAUGCCCUCGAGCACAACCAUCGUCAUCAUCAUCGUGAUCUUAUCAAUCGAUGUCGUCGCGCUGGUGGCCGUGUUCGCUUGUUACUUUGGGCGGUACAAUGCGCCCCGGAUCCCGAAGGCGAUUGGCUCGUUAAUUCCCUGGGUAGGCGGGCCGGAGGGGGUGAAGCGGCUGGCGGAUAUGGCGGAAAACGGAGAUGAGGAUCGGCGGUAUCAUUUCUGGUCUCAGAUGGAUGCGGAUGGGCAGGUGGUGUGGGUUUUGGGAGAGGUGGAUCGUGAGGCAGAGGCGGGGUUGGAGGGGGAUGCGGUCGAGUUGGCAAGUGUUGGGAGGAGGGAUUCCGGGGAUUCGCGUCUGCGUUCUGAUUCUUCUGGGGUUUGAGCUGGGUCCUUUGUCGGUUAUAGCUGCUGCUGAUGGAUCGACGCGACGGAAGUCCUUUUCAAUCGAUGAAUGAGCCUGCCUUCUUGUUUUACUGUUGUGCGUGCACAAUAUGUAUAUUCUCCACUAUGCCAGGUGCCACGAGGGUCAAAUACAGUUCAUUGAAAGUUCGUCU